AUGCCUCUAAAAAUCAAAUUCUCGAGGAGGCCAGAUCCCCCACCAGCAGAACAAUCAGCGGCGCCCGUACCAGCACCAGCACCAGUGCCUGCGCCUGCACCCCCAGCAGCCGCAACUCCUCAACCCCCGCGCAAGCUCACACUCAAGAUCGCACGCAAGUCACAACCCGAGACGAGUGAAGAAAAACCGAAGAAAAAGAAGUCGACCAAAAAACGACCUGUCGAGGGUAUCGCGCCUCCCGAGCCUGCACCCGAACCCGAAACGAGCCAUCAAGGACCCAAGCGAUUGAAACUGAACCCAACCAAGAGACCCGGUCUACAGUCGAUCCGUAUCAAGAACAAAGGCAUUGUUCCCAAUCGACCGGUGGGCGUUGGCUAUGACUCGGAGGCCUCGGAUACUGAGAAUGACCCUGCCAUCGAAGAACAAUUUAUUCUACGAAUGCUCCCAGGAGAAGACUGCGAGCAUCUGAGGAAAACCAUCAAUGAAAGAACUUUCCAUCAUUCCGAGUUCGGAUUCAAACCCCUUACCCGUGAAGGCCGGCGCGCCAUUCUGAAGGUUCGAGACAAACAAUAUGCGGCGGCCCUGGUGGAUCUACCCUGUAUCAUUGAGGGUAUGAAGAGUUGGGACCGACGAGGCUGGUACAAGUCAGCAGAUAUCUGUCAGAUGCUCUUGGUUCUGGGACGAGUCAACAAUGAGCAUGAAGCCAUGGAAUAUCCACUCCCCGCGGAUGUUGAUUGCCCCGACGAAAAGACACUUCAAUAUCCACACGGCCUGGCACCACCCCUCCGUUGGGUCCGCAAGCGACGAUUCCGCAACCGCGUUAGCACUCGCACAAUUGAACAAGUUGAGAAGGCCGUGGAAGACCUCAUGGCUCAAGACGAAACCUCCAUCUUCCCUCCAAAGUUCGAGUUGGUGGACAGCACGUCGCUGAAUCGCGUUGAGGGAUUGGUACAAGCGGAGGAGUACGAGGAGGAAUACGAUGAGGAUCAGGAUGCAUACGGGGAAGCAGAAGACGACAUGAUGGACGACUUCGAGGACGCCCUUGCAGCUGAAAUGGAGGCCGCGUUGGCCGCCGGUGAUGACGAUGCCGCAGGCGCCGUGCUAGAGCAGCCUGAUACUCCAUCCAUGCAGCCAUUCACUCCAGCCGGAGGUCCAACUGAACGCGGUUAUACCUCUGCCGAUGAGAGCAACAUCUCCGAUGAGGAUGAUGAUGACGCACAAGAUGAGCUGGAUGAUGAUCAAAUUGAGCAGCAGCAACAACUCCAGCAGCAGCGCGAGGAAGUCGCGGAGCUGGAAGCCCACAUUCGCGCGGAAACAGCACAGUGGGAGAAGGUGCAAAACCAUAUUCUUCGCAACAAGAUGGGCCGACGUAUCCAGGAGCUGAAGAAGGAUCUGGAAUUGAAGAAGGUAUCUAUGGGAAUGCCAGCUGGAGACGAUAUUUGA